AUGGCUAUUCUUGGAGCGGCGACAUUUGUUGUUGCUUAUGCUCAAAUGUUCUGCCUCCAGUAUUGUGCUCGUCGACAACUCAAACAAAUUCGUCGUUUAUAUUUUUCGAGCAUUAUGCGACAAGAUGCAGCUUGGUUUGACUCGUGUAACGUUGGCACUUUGAUAACUCGAUUGAUCGAAGGAACAGAUAAGAUCGAAAUUGGGAUAGGUGAGAAGGCUGGUCUUUUUGUCCAACAUAUAUCCGUUUUUCUGGGUGGCGCUGUGAUGAGCUUUAUUUACAACUGGGAGUUAUCUCUUGUUGCCGCUGCAUUCUUUCCUCUUGUCGCCAUAUCUUUUGCAGCGAUUGGAUUCGUGGUGCGAAAAUUAAGUGCCAAGGAGCGAGCAGCAUAUUCACGAGCUAAUGGGAUUGCCGGAGAAGUUUUGUCGGCAGUGAAAACGGUGUUUAUGUUUGAAGGUCAGUCUAGAGAGUCGAAGAGGUACUCGGUGGAGCUUCAAGAAGCUGAAAAGGUUGGUCUUAAACGAGCCACAAUUGUGGGAUUCGUGUUGGGCUCAACUGAUGCAACGAUCUAUAUUCUGAUUGCAGUGACGUUCUUUUAUGGAAUUCUGAUGUUGAAUCGAGGUGACUCAGAUCCGGGGGAAAUUAUGUUGGUUAUUCAUUCACUCUACACUGGUGGAGUAACAAUAGGUCAGGCUUUCCAGCAAUACGAUCAUUUCAACUUUGCUGUUACUGCAGCGGGCGAAAUAUUCCCCACCAUUGACAGAGUGAGUGACAUGUGCUUGAGUAACUUGCGAUUUUCAUGA